AUGGAGAUGAAGAUGAAAGAUUUCAAGUGCAAAUUGACCACCUCCAUCAUAUCUUCGACGGUGUCUGAAUGCGUCUCUGAAAUCGAACACCUCGCAAAAAGGAGUAGUAAUAACAGUCGUCCGGAUAUCGUGGAGUUACGCGUGGAUUUUCUGGAGAAAUCGAUUCGGUCGGACGAGAGGAAAAUGAAGGAAGCGAUCGGACAGUUGGUGGAGGCGUGCGAGAAGGUGGCGAAGAUUCCGUGCGUGGUGACGUUUCGACCGACGUGGGAAGGCGGGCAAGACGACGGCGACGAAGAGACGCGACUGCGAUGUUUGUGGGAAGGAUUUCGAGCGGGUGCGACGUACGUGGAUUGCGAGUUGUUAGCCAUCGAGCGGUUCGCGAAGGCGAAGCCGGACGAGAGAGAUGGCGUUAUCAAAGGACCGGGGCAGAUGUUGAUUUGUAGCAGUCACGAGUACGAGUUGACGCCAUCGUUGGACGUUUUGUUAAAGGAAAAGUACGAGAAGAUUCGAGCGAAUGACAUGUGCGACAUCGCGAAGAUCGCGUGCGUGUGCCAGGAUAUUAACGACGUUGGACGGUUGGCGAAGGUUUUAGAAAAAGCGAGAGGGGAUGGAUAUCCGUGCGCGGUUUUAGGAAUGAGCGAACACGGGUUGAUUUCCAGAUUGUUAGCGACAAAGCUCGGGAGUUAUUUAACGUUUGGGAGUAUUCGCGCCGGAUUCGAGUCGGCACCAGGGCAGCCGACGUUGCGAGAUUUGAGCGAGUUGUACAGGGUGAACACUUCGCAAACGAGGGAGACGAAAAUUUUGGGCGUGAUGGGGAACCCGAUCGCGCAGAGUAAAUCGCCGCAGUUGCACAACAAAGCGUUGAUUAGCGCAAAGGUGGAUGAUAAGUGUUACGUGCCUUUAUUAGUGAAAGAUUUCGCGGAGUUUGUCGAGAAUGAGAGUUUGUUUAACAACAAAAACAACGAUUGGGUUGGGUUUUCGGUGACGAUUCCGCACAAGGAAUCAGCUUUGAAAUUUUGCGGCGAGAACGUCGACCCGGUGGCGAAACAAAUUGGAGCGGUGAAUACGUUGGUGAGACAAAAAGACGGAUCUUUUCGCGGGUACAACACGGAUUACGUCGCCGCGAUUGGUGCGAUUGAAAAGGCGUUGGAUCCGACGAUUCCUCGAGACGCGGCAGAAACGACAGAUUCGAAGGCGUUGAAAGGAAAGACCGUGUUAGUAUUAGGCGCGGGAGGCGCGGCGAGAGGGUUAGCGUUCGGUGCAAAGUUUAAAGAAGCCAACGUAGUCGUUGCGAAUAGAAGUAAAGAUAGAGCGGAUGCAUUGGCGGAGGCGUGCGGUGGUACGUCAAUUUCUGUCGAAGACGUCGCGAGUGGGAAUUUUGGGGAUUUGAAAAUAGACGUCAUCGCGAACACGACGUCGUUAGGGAUGGUCGGCGAGAGAGUAAAUGAAACGCCGUGCCCAAAAGAAGCUAUUAAAAAAUCUGGCGCGGUCGUCUGUUUCGACGCGGUGUAUAACCCGCUCGAGACGAGAUUGUUGAGAGAGGCGAAGGAGUGCGGCUUAACCGUCGCGAGCGGGUUGGACAUGUUCGUCGGCCAAGCGGCGAGACAGUUUGAGUUGUUCAACGAGGGUCAAAAAGCCGAUUACGCCGGCAUGCGCGAAACCGUCUUGAACGCUUCGAAAGGUAAUUGA